AUUAGUUUGCAAUUUGGUCAUUUCAAGGUCUCACUUCAAUAUCUGAAGUUUUAGAUAAUAUAUUCAGGGUCUACAGUGAUCAGUUUCAUAGGAUUUAAACAGUUUUCAGAAGCAUUAGAGAUUCAAUUUCAUUCUCCAACUUUGUUUGCUGGAUCCGUGUAAGAUGGCGGCCCUUGCAGCAACAAAUUUGAACUUUGUACCUCCUGUUGAACUUCUUAAUACAAGUAAUUAUGAAACUUGGGAAGGAUAUAUGAGAGCUAACUUGAAAAGGAGAGAUCUACUGGAUCCCAUUGACCUCGGACCUUACCAUACUAGAGUCAUCGUUGGUACUGUCCCUUCGAAAUCUUACAGCAGCGAAUUGAAUAGAGACAAGAAAGCACUUGAAGCUAUAAAAACAUCAUGUGGAAAAGAGAUGUUGCCGCAUAUUAUCCACGCAGAGUUUCCUAGUCAAGCUUGGGAAUGCUUAAAACAAGUAGUAGCUGAAAAAGAUAAAUAUAAGGAGAUGGUAAGAAAAGCAGCGGCAUCCACGGAAAUUUUAAGAAAAAUUCCAGAGGUGGAUAAGGUUCUAACACGAAGAAAUUAUGGAAAAUGGAAAAUUUACAUGAAGAACGUGUUGAUAAGUAAUUAUCUUUGGAGUGUUGUAGAUGGAAGUGCUAAAAGUGGAUCACCAGGUUACAAGACCAAAAAUCAUAAUGCUUUGGUAACUAUACGAAUAUCAUGUGGGGAAGAAAUGUAUAAUCACAUCUUUGAAGAAGACCACGCCCACAACGCUUGGUGCAAGCUAAGGGAAGAGCUAGGAGGAGCUACUGAUACUGCUUUUAUUGAAACUACAGAUUCAGUAGCAAUAGCAAUAGCGUCAAGAUCAACACCACCGCCACCCGCAACCUUCAACAAUUACAAUAAUUGGAAAGACUCUAUGGAAACACACUUGAAAGCUCAAACCCUAUGGGGUUUUCUGGAGGAAACUAACAAAUUAGAUAGUGAGAAAGACGAGAAAGCUCUUGAUGAGAUAAAACUUCAUUGUCCACCACAUAUGCAAAAAUUCAUUUGGUACGUGGACUGCGCCAAAAGUGCUUGGGACGAGUUAGAGGCAGAAAAAGAGGAAUUCUCGGAAGCUCAUGAAACACACAAUGGUGAGCACUCAAUGGGCGGAGAUGAUAGAAUUAGUGGCGUCCCAGAUGCUGAUAGAGUUCUAACACGAAUCAAUUACGAAGCAUGGCGUGAGCACAUGAUGCGGCAUUUACAGAGGCUACAACUCUGGAACAUUGUAAAUAAUGAUACCAAGGACGAUUCUUUUUAUAAUAUUAAAAAUGAUUGUGCUCUUAAAAUCAUAAAAGAGGCAUGCGGGCGGGAUAUGUUAUGUUACAUAUUUUACAAAACUUCUGCUAAUAAAGCCUGGAAUAAGUUGAAAAACGUUGCUUCGCCAGCCGUGGAACAAAAAGAAGGAUACUCGAGGUAUUCACAACUGCUUCACGCCGUCCAAAAAAAUAAGUUUGAGGCAAAGAUAACAAACGAGGAUAGCCGCAAUAGCGUGUACUAUUACUGGAGGGGGGCAAAGAAAUUCUUUCGAGACUUCCCAGAAGCACUGACGGCUGAAAUUACUGAAGAUGGAUCCACAGCUCUUCAUGUUGCUGUUCGGUUAGGGAGAGUUAAAUUUGUGGAAGAGCUACUAAAACUGAUGACUCCGGCACAGUUGGAAACGAAGACACACGAGGGUGAUACUGCCCUGUCAAUUGCGGCCAAAGGAAAUAACAUAGAAAUUGUCAAAUUACUGGCAGAUAAGAAUCCGUACUUGCUACAGAUUGAGAACAAAGACGGCCACAACGCACUUGCUAUGGCUGCAACCGACGGAGACGAGAAGGUAUUGCGAUAUCUUUACAAAGCAACACCCGAAACAAUGCUAUGGAAAACAGGAGUUACUGAAAAACGGAUUGCUACUUUGCUAACAUCUGCAGCAAGGCAUGAUGCAUUUGAUGUGGUUUUGGAUCUACUCGACAAACUGUCAGAAAAACAAUCAGGGGAACUUGUUUUCAGUCGAGAUAGCUACGGAAUGAAUCUUUUGAGUGUAUUGGCUAGAAAGCCUCGUGCAUUCCCGAGUGGAUAUAAACACGGAUUUUACAAACGGUGCAUGUAUUUGGCUGGAAAAGUGUUGCGAGAUCUCAAAUUAUUAGGUGGGAAACAGCCGCUUGAUAGUAAGGUGAAACAUGAACGGAUCCGAAAAAUACUCGAGUGUAUUUGUUUGGAGCUUCCCAAUUUGAGUCCCGGUCAACUCGAAAAUUCAUUAGUACAUGAUGCAAUUCAUCAGUCGGCCAUUCAUGGUAUUACUGAGAUAUUCAUAAAUCUUAUUGAUACCAAUCCAUAUUUGGAGCACUAUGUGGAAAAGGAAACUGGAAGAGGUUUAUUUCAAAUUGCUAUAAUUGCUCGUCAAGAAAACAUCUAUCGGUAUUUAUCUCAAAUGGGUCAAAGAAACCAGAAUAUUGCUCUUGUGGACAAAUUUGGUAACAACACUUUACAUUGUGUUGGAUAUUGGGUACCAUCACCGCAGCUAGAUAAGGCGCAUGGACCAGCACUUCAGAUGCAGAGAGAGAUACAAUGGCUCGAGGAGGUUCAGAGAGUGGUUCCGCCAAGAUACAAAGAUAUGAAGAAUAACAUGCGUAUGACACCUAAAGCUUUUUUUACACGACAACACAAAGAUUUAGCCCAACAAGGGGAAACAUGGAUGAAAGAUACGUCCCAAGCAUGCAUGGUUGUUGCGACUCUUAUUGCAACAGUAAUGUUCGCAGCAGCAUUUACUCUGCCCGGUGGAAACGAUCAAAAUUCAGGCAUCCCGCUGCUUCUGAAAUCAACGGCUUUCAAAGUCUUCAUAAUUUCAGAUGCGCUUUCGCUAUUUGCUUCGUGCACAUCAAUUUUGAUGUUUUUCUCUAUCUUAACAUCAAGUUACCUAGAAAGAGAAUUUUUGAAAGCUUUACCUACGAAGUUGAUAGCUGGCCUUUCCACCCUCUUUCUUUCUAUAGCAACCAUGAUGAUAACCUUUGGCACAACCCUCGUAAUUGUUCUUCGUGGAGAAGCUUCUUGGGUUUACUUUCUAGUGUAUAUCAUAGCUAGCAUCCCGGUUCUCUUAUUUGGUUUCUUUCAAGUUCCCCUAUACAUCCGCAUAUUCUCAUCUACGUAUCGAAGCCGCCUUUUUAACAAGAAAACACCUGUAAUAUCCCCGCUUAGUAGUAUUAGCUACGGUCAGUGACAGCCGCAGCAACAACAACAAUGUUAGCCUUAUUGUUAUUUGUGGUGAUGGAGCUUUUCUUGAUCUAUGUUAACUUUUACCUUGAUUUAUUUGUGAUCCGUUUGUUCCGUCCAAGUCCCCUCUGUCAAUUUUGUGUGUUUGUCCAUUUCGUGUGUUUGUCAAAAUUUAUGUUAAAUUUUAUGUACCCAUCUAAUGUACUACUC